UCACGUUUUGGGAAUGUUUGUGGAAGCAGUGGUUAGAAAAAUCGAGUGUCGCUGGAUAUGCACUGAAUCUUCAAACCCCGGACGUUGACCAAACGGUUUAAUAUAUUUUAUUGGGUAUUCUUCCAAGUCAUCAACAAUAUGGAGUUUUCCGACUGUGUUUCAUCAUCAGAACCGAGCCAAUCACUGGCUAGCGGCUUUCCCGUGUGAGAGCCAAAACCAAUACUUCAGGUACAUUUGAUGGCGGAAAAGGUGACUAUUUGGUCUAUUUUAGUCCAUCUCCAAGUGUCGUGGUUUUCUCCGACAAGUCCUUCGUCAAACUGGUGUCCCAACGUCAUACUGAAUGAGACACCAGGGGUUCCUAGCCCUGCCCCUCCAUCUAACGGAACGUGUCAGGAUACGUGCUGGUGCUCCACACCGUCAACAAAUGUGUCCAACAAACAUGGAACCAUUUGCAGCAUCUUUGAAACCAAACACACUGUCGAAAACUCCAAGGGAUUGCAGCUGCAUACACACUGUAAGAUGACUUUCCACCAUUCAUAUUGUGCUGAAGGGCCCGUUUCUUCAUCUGCUUCUGCUGACCCAUGGGCCCACUCCUUCUACACAUCCUUAGGCCGCAUCAGAGCCAUUUUACAACUUCGAGAUCGCAGAAGCUCACUCACCAGAUACAAUCCUGGCCACAUGUUGCCUCAGCUUCAGAGUUCAACGCCUCCCACCACUUUUAAGAUCAAAUUUCACAAGUGUGCACAGGUGCUGGCUGAAUCAGACCCUCCACAGUUGACAUUCUUCCUGCUGAUUCAAAACCUGAGCCCCAUGGGUGGGACUAACCUCUCUCAGGUGGCCAUCCGGGACUCGAUAUUCGGAAUAGUACCCCUCAAAACUGAAGGCAGGGUUGUUGAGAGAGGAUACCAAAUGUUUGCCAUUGAUUUUCUCUCUGCAGGGUCCCAAAUGAUUCUCAACUAUACUGCUAAAAUAAUGAGUCAUAAAAGUGGAGUUCUGGACCUUCCAUCUUUUCUCACCUUCUCCAACCUUUCACAGAAUGAUGUCAGCUUGUUUGGUCCAGUGACAGCUAAUCUGACACUUCGUGUUAAUUCCACAGACAGGAUUCAUCCAAGCCAUGGUGUGCACUUUGCUGGAUUUGUUGGCGGAUUUCUUGUUGCUUUGGUGCUGCUGUUGCUUGGCUUUCUGGCCAUAAACCUGAUUUGUCCCAGACCCACACUGAGCGUUCUUCAACAGAAUAAAACCAGCAGCGAUCCUGACACGGAGUAUGUAGACUGCUGCAUGACUGAGACUAUUAAAGAUGAGGCAACUUUCGAAGACAAGAUUGUUGACAUCAUGGUGCUGGAGGAACCGCAGAACAUGAAUAAGGCACUGGAGAACCUUGAAAUGUCCACACUGCUACACGCCACUAACAACUUGGAGGCCACUCGGAUUCAGAUCUACAAGGAUGUCGUGUUUGUGCUCCUGGGAGGCCUGCGAUCCUGCGGCCAAAUUAGUGUUCAGGCUCAGCAGAGACUUCUAAGUGUACUACUUGGGCAACUCCUGGGUAUGGAGGGUCGCCUGAAGGAGGAGCGAAGCACUCGCAUGGCUACGCUUGCAGGCAAGUGUAACCUGGAGACCAGGGAGGAAAUGGAAGCAGAGCAUCGUCGGGAAGCAGCAGAGAAGGCCCAUGCUGAGCUGCUGUGUCAACAUGCAGAACAACAGGAGCUCCUCCGUUGUAGUGUUCUGCUAGAGAAGCUGCACAAGCUUCGCCAGGCUCACCUGCAACGCAUCCUGUUGGUUCGCCACGAAGAAGCCUCGGCAAAAGUGCAGAGGCAGAUCAUCGAGUGGCGUCGUGUUGAGCUUCAUAAGAUCUUCUGCGAGGAGCUAGAGGAGGCUACAAAGAUGGGCGAGUUGGACAAGAAUGCUGCCAAUAGUCUUCAAUACAGUUACUUUCACAGUCAGGAUCUGCUGGAGGAGACUCUGGAUGUGAUCCUUGCCAACUGGCGUUAUGUGCUUGCCGAACGCCAUGCACAGAGGAAGUUCCUGUUACACAGCCUCCACAGCCUCAACAGUAUAAUUUCUGACACCUUCUCCAGCACCUCCAGCAAUUUAGACAGCAUGUUCACACACAUCAGAAGAGGGAGUAACAUGUCUACUGAACAGCUGACUCAGCUACAGGAAAAAACCCAGAAGGAUCUGGUGAUGGUGAGGCAGAGACUGGAUGACGCUUUGACGCAAGAGAGGAGAGCAAUGCGCUGUGGACUUCUCAAGACGAGGCAGGAGCUCAUCUCUGACAUGCUUAGGGCCCAGAUGCAGCGAAAGAAGCACCUGUCUGGCCUGUCAAAGAAUCAAGACGGGGACAUACAAGUUGCCCAUCAUCUGCACUGUUGGCAGAACCUACUGACAACUCAUAGUUUGGAGCUUGCUGAACUCAUCAAUAACUUGGACGAGGAGGCAGCAGCUGACAUUCGGAAGGUGACCAUGCGUGUAAUCCAGACCUCCAUGGCAGAUGUCAAAGCCAUUCAGCACUCUGCAUUGCAGGACCUGCUCACAAUCCUGCCACCAGGCUUGCAGGAGGCAUUGCUGCAGGGAGAUCCCGAAGCAGGCCAAGGUGGCAGCAAACUCCUGCAGGGUCAAGAGAUGCUGCACCAGGAAGGCAAAGCAGCUUUACACAUCCUCAGCACCACCAGGGAGAGCCUAAACAGAGCCAUGGAGAGUGAGCUGCAAGAGCAGAAGGAGCUCAGGGCUCACUGCAGAGCUUUCUUCAGGUGUUUGUGCUCAUCACAGCUGACCCUCUCUGACAAUGAGCACCUCGGGAUGAAACUUGAGUUUCAGAAGUGUCACUCUGUGAUGGACAGAUGCCUCAUGCUUCCCCACGCAGUGUCUAGAACCAAACCCCACAAUUGCCUCACAAUUUGGAGAAAGGAGAGUGAGCAACAAAUGAUGAAUCCACAUUUCAAGGGAAAAGCCAUUCACAAAACACAAGAAACAUCCAACCUAGUUCACUUCCAGAAGAAACUCCAGGACCAGAUACAAGUGUUUGAAAAAGAGAUGGUGAGGGAGAUGGACAAUGCUGUUAUAAACAAGGUAAAGGAGGAGAUGAGAGAGGAGAGAGAGGAUUAUUUGCGCACUCAGGCCAACAGUCUGGCAAUGCAGAUGGCUGCUGUUCACUAUCGGAAGGCUCAGAGGAGAUCCAAAGUCUUAGAGACAUCCCGAGCACUACUCACCCUGCACAGCAUGCUGCUUCAUCACCUUCGAGAGACAAAGUGUCUGGCAAGACAAGAAUUGGCCAAAAUUAUACAGAGUCAUUGCCUGGGCCUUGAGGAUGCACAACAUUACCUCCUGGAGGAGAAUGGAGAACUGGACCAGCUAGAAACAUUUCAACGGUCAACUAAAACUCACACAGAGGAUGCUGAUGAGGCAGAACUGUUCAGGCUACAACAGGAGAGUCUGAUGUCUUCCAUCCUCCAGGAGGCUCUCAAUAAGUGUGAUCAAGUAAAAACAAUAUUGGCUGUGAGGUCACAGGAAAUGACCAUCAGCAGUCAGACAGUGGGAGAUCGAAGAGAACAGAUAGCCCUCAAGAGACUCUAUUCAACCAGAGACCAGGACCUGCUUUUUGCAUCGGAACUGAUAAAACAGUGUCGGAUGUCUGUUGAGCUUCUCCUUGAGCUUCUGCGUCUACUGCUCCCCACGUUGCCCGAGAGUGAACUUCUUUCCCUCACUGAUGCCCUCUGUCCCAAACAACAUUUUGGCUCCUUCCCCACAGACCAGGACCAUUUUGAGUGUAAUCUGGAUCUUCCUGUCAGACUGAAGGAGGACCUUGUCCACAGAAGUAUGCUAAACAUGCCACUAGUGGAAAGAGAGAGAUCUCACAGCCUCCAAGAAAAGAGGCAAAGCUUGAUGGAAAGACUUCUUCCCAGUUCCUGUCUGCCACUUGCGGUGAAAGGGAUGGAGGACAGCUUUAUGAAGCAAAAUCUGCCCAAGUAUAAAUCAUCCGUCAAUGAAAACAGACAGCAGCACGGUGAGACUCCCAAUCAAAGCAACAUGGAGCAAGAAAAUGAAACGCUGCCCAGCUCAUUAGAAGAAGAAGAAGACAUGAUUCCAACCUUGGCCAAUGUGGAAGUCAUCUGCCAGGCCACCGGUGAAAGGCUCUUUGUCUUUCGGGAUCCACCUCAAUCCCACAUUACGAUCUCCUCUUCCAAGAAAAAAAGGAAGAGAAACUUCCUCAAUUUGAAGAAAGGCUGCGUGACUCCAACAGCUCAAACGUGAUAUUUAAUCACAACAAUAAACAAUCUUGGCAAGAGGUUUUGGCACCAAAAUAAAUGUUAUUUCACUACAUGCUAAAAUUCUCUGCAUCCCCAGUUGAACAUGCCGUGAAAUUCCAGCCCUGAAAUAAAAUUAUUAAUAAAGUAUGUA